AUGUACAUACAGCAGACUUAUUGUUUAUCAAAUAAAAAAUAUUUAUUUUUACUUAUCGACUUUCACUUUGAACUAAGCCAAGAAUAUUAUUCUUCAAAAAAUUGCACCAGAAUCGGCUUUUUCGGGACCGAAUGUAAUUAUUCGGCUAAACGAUGGGUCGCUUCUGAUUUCCUACCGCAGCUGAAUAACGCGACUGAAACAUUGUGUUCACCUACCGGAAAAUUAGAGGCGACAGAUCAAUCAUUUUUUUUUGGAUCUUCAGGAAGGUUUUAUCCAGAUCCUUCAAAAAGAUUAGAAAAUAGAUGGAAUGAAUUUAGAAGUUGCAUGACUGAAAUUGAACAACUGAGCGAUCGUUCUAAGUAUUUAUCUGAAGCAGCUAGAUUGUACGAUAAGUAUAAUAUGAAUGAUAUUCUGCGGCAAAGUAAUAUUACUCCAAAAAAAAAUUACACUUAUCAAGAAAUUUCUGACGCUGUAUCCAAGGUCACGCAAGGAAAAAAACCUGUUAUAAAAUGUUUGUGGGAUUUUGUAAGUCUGAUAGUUCUCUUCUUUACCAUCGACUUUCACUUUGAACUAAGCCAAGAAUAUUAUUCUUCAAAAAAUUGCACCAGAAUCGGCUUUUUCGGGACCGAAUGUAAUUAUUCGGCUAAACGAUGGGUCGCUUCUGAUUUCCUACCGCAGCUGAAUAACGCGACUGAAACAUUGUGUUCACCUACCGGAAAAUUAGAGGCGACAGAUCAAUCAUUUUUUUUUGGAUCUUCAGGAAGGUUUUAUCCAGAUCCUUCAAAAAGAUUAGAAAAUAGAUGGAAUGAAUUUAGAAGUUGCAUGACUGAAAUUGAACAACUGAGCGAUCGUUCUAAGUAUUUAUCUGAAGCAGCUAGAUUGUACGAUAAGUAUAAUAUGAAUGAUAUUCUGCGGCAAAGUAAUAUUACUCCAAAAAAAAAUUACACUUAUCAAGAAAUUUCUGACGCUGUAUCCAAGGUCACGCAAGGAAAAAAACCUGUUAUAAAAUGUUUGUGGGAUUUUAAGACAAAUGUCCUAGAAUUAGAAACAAUAACACUAUUCUUCGAUAAAUCAUUGAAUUUAAUUGACCCACUGAAAAACUACUAUCCCGGAAAACGUCCACCUUUUGACCCCCAACCGGGGGCCAAUUGA